CCCGACCCGAUAACCAAAUCAAAACCCCCACCAUAAAUAUCAGCCCCUAGUUCUGCUUUAUCCUCUUCUCUCCGGAACCCUAGCCCCCAAUUCAGAAAACCCUAAUCUCUCUCGCUACCGCAAACCCUAAUUUUCAUGGCGAAGAAGAGAAAAACCAGAGCUUCCGAAGCCGCCGUACAACCAGUAGAAGAAGAACAGCAAAAUAUUAAACAAGAAUCAGCAGAUCUCGAACCCGAACAAGAACAAGAAGAGUACCAAAACGACGCCGUAGAAGAAGAAGAAGAAGAAGCAGUUCAAGAGGACGGAGAAGAACCAGAUCCUGAAGAAGAUGAAAACGAAGACGGUGAUGAUAAUGAAGAAGAAGAGGAAGAAAAUCCAGGAUCUGGAAACAAUGCCGUAAAUGAAGUUAACGGAGGCGGUAGUGAGGUGAAGCAGGAAGGAGGAGGCGAUGAAGAAGAGGAUUUAGAAGAUGAGCCACUUGAGAAGCUUCUAGAACCUUUCACGAAGGAUCAACUUACAGCGCUUAUAAAAGAAGCUUUAGUUACUUACCCUAAUUUGAAGGAUAAUAUUCAGAAAUUGGCCGAUAAGGAUCCGGCGCACCGCAAAAUCUUCGUGCACGGCUUGGGUUGGGACACUACAGCUGAAACCCUAACGAGCGUGUUCGGGAAGUACGGUGAGAUUGAGGAUUGUAAGGCUGUUACGGAUAAGGUUAGUGGGAAGUCAAAAGGAUACGGGUUUAUUUUGUUUAAGCAUAGGAGUGGCGCUAGGAAAGCAUUGAGGGAACCACAGAAGAAAAUUGGUACUAGGAUGACUUCUUGCCAGCUGGCUUCGGCUGGGCCGGUCCCUGCCCCGCCCCCUACAGCAGCGGCUGCCCCACCAGUUUCUGAGUAUACUCAGAGGAAGAUUUUUGUUAGCAAUGUGGCAGCUGAUCUUGAUCCUCAAAAGCUGUUGGAGUUUUUCUCUAAGUUUGGUGAAGUCGAGGAGGGUCCACUUGGAUUGGAUAAGCAAACUGGGAAACCCAAGGGGUUUUGUUUGUUUGUGUAUAAGAGUGUCGAGAGUGCAAGAAAGGCAUUGGAGGAGCCGCAUAAGAGCUUUGAAGGGCAUACACUUCAUUGUCAGAAGGCCGUUGAUGGGCCGAAGCACAAUAAGAACUACUAUCAGCAGCACCAGCAGCCGCAACAGCAUUACCCUCAGCACCAGCAGCACCAGCAGUAUUAUCAGCAUCCUGCAAAGAAGGGGAAAUAUUCAGGUGGUAGUGGCAGUGGAGCAGCAGCAUCAGCUGGGCAUUUGAUGGCGCCAUCAGGGCCUGCACCCGUGGGAUUCAAUCCUGCUGUGGCUCCGGCUCUUGGGCAGGCAUUGACAGCCCUGUUAGCUACACAAGGAGCUGGUUUGGGGAUUGGGAAUUUGCUUGGAGGUUUUAGUGGGCCAGUGAAUCCUCAGGGUGUGCCCCCAGUGAUGAACAAUGCCGGAGGAUAUGGUGCCCAGGGUGCUGCUGGUGGCUAUGGAGCUCAGCCGAUGCAGUACCAAAACCCGCAGAUGCAGGGCGGUGCAAGACCACAUGGUGGUGCACCUUACCCAGGCUAUGGAGGUCACUAGAAAAGCUUAAGGUAUCAGUAAUACGAUGGUUGUACUUCCAAGUAGGUAAAUGGUGAUGUUCAUGGCAUUUCGCUGGAGGUGUCCUCUGCUUUCCUCCAUUUUUCAGUGUUUGAAGCUUGUUAUGCUUGUGGGUUAAGAAUGAACUUUAUAAAUAGACUGAACACUGAUUUCGUCUCCUCGUCACAACCACUGGAAUAUGCAUAUAUAUGAUUAAUAUGUAAAGAUUUGAUUUUCAUGGUGGGGUUAAAUUUUAUUUUCUUUCUGAAGAGUCUAUUGGCUUAUUUUAACCUGAAAUGGUGGUGAGAGAAAUGGAAAGGUUUCUGAAAUAUUCUGCUAUAACUGGUUUAUCAACAGCCUUACAAACCACACUAAUUGACUCUUCAAAGCCUUUUCUUGAUUUUAAAUAUACCCAUCUUUCGGAGGAGGGGAGGGGUUUCCUCUCCUAGUUGAUCAUUUUAACAUUGUAUUGUAUUAACAUUUAUGAAAUGGAGGAUUCUAACAGAAGGGUGUGAUGCAAGAAUGCCUUGUAGCUUUGAUGUUUUGCAUCCAGGGGCUGAGCAGGAUGUCAUCCUGGCAUUUGAAGAUGGUUGUAGCCUUGUCAAAGAUGGCUGGCCGGUCAGAUCAGCAGCAAAUGUAUCUUGUCCAGGACUUGGUGCUCUAGUGAUGUUCAUAUAGAAAGAUAGCAAAAUGCAUAGUAAACGAUAUUUCUGGCAUGUGGUUUACAAAUGGAUCAACCUUUCACUCGUGCUUUGUCAUGAAGAGGUUUUUCCCCAAUUCCAAACCCGCACCACCUGCUUGGUUGAGCUGAGUUCUCUUCUUUGCACUCUUACACAAUUGGGGAUAAGAAUGGGCUACAGAUUCUUACCCCCGUGGCUACGAAAAUUGACAUGAUAGAAUCCUAGAAGGGUACGAUGAGCUUGGCUUUGCUUCUCUUGAUCCUCAACCGCCUUCCAUAGAGGUGGGUUAAUAGCUCUAACCUGUUGUUCGUCUAGUUUUGAGUUUCUAGGUUUUAAUCACUUAGCAUUGCCAUAUCAGUAAUAUUGAAAUUAGGUUGAUGUGGUAUCAUGGGAGUCUUCAUCGUGUUGAUAUUGGUUGUUGCUUUACCUGGACUUCAGAAACCGAGCCAAAGGAAAGUAAUUAAACAUCUAUGAUUCCCUUUAGUGUGUCCAUCAACCGUGGACGUUUAGAUGGUGAUUAUGUUUUCUUUUUUCGGAGUCCAUCAACCGGCAACUUCUAAUCUUUUUCGGAGUAUUUGGGUUUGAGUGUACGUGAUAUAUGGUUGGUAAUAUAAUAUUGGUUAUAGCAUUUGUGAA